AACUACAAUAUCUGCGCGACAGGAGACGUCGGAGAGGGUGGGCGUAGGGACGAACUCCUCCGAUGUUUAGGACUACACUUCUUUCAAGACCAUUUACCUUUUUUUUAAAACAACAUUGUAAAUCAGAAACUUGAAAUUAGUAUGUACGGCUCUCAAAAUAGACUUCCGACAAUGAGUCGGAGGACUAAUUCUCGACCAGACCUGACAAGCGGCACUCAGUUCGUCGUUGGUGGAAACGGCUAUCAACAGGAAUAUGGAGACGGAUACAACUAUUCACAAACUUUCUCCAGAACGUCCAUGGGGGGGAGGUGGUGGAGGUGGUGGGGGCUACGGAGGGGGACUUGGAGGGGGGGCAAGUGUGCAGAGCAUCCAACACAAAGCUUUCUUCCUGCAAAGCCAGUGUCAGGAGUACCUGCAGAGAGUACAGCAGAUUCUCCAGGCAGGUGGUCCAGCGGGGGAGGUGGACAAGCUAAUGAGUAUGUCUUCUGAGGCCAUCGACCAGCUGAAGGGAUGUGCCAUGGAGCUGCAGCACAUGAAACAACCCAAAGACAACAUCAUCAAGAGCAUACAGCAUCUCCAGAACAUGCAGAGUGGGAUCACCUCCUCCAUCAGUGGCUCGACCCAGAGGAAGAGCAGGGGCAGCAUUGGCUGGGAAGAGAGGGGGAGGGCCUACACUGAUGCCAUGUCUUGGAUCGGCCAACAGAAGCGUCUGAUCGAGACGUCUCCGUGGGGUGAGGACGCAGCCGCCACCGAGCAACAGAUCCUGAACCAGAACAAGUUCCACAGCUCUAUACAGAGGAGCCAAGAGGUGGAACGUGCCAGAGAUGAGCUGGCUCAAAAUGAUGACAAGGGUGGCCUCCAUUCCCUGCAGCAAGAAUGGGACAGUCUGCAGAAAAUGUCAUUUGCUCGUACGGGCCAGCUGAGAGAGCUGCAGAACAUGAUUGAGGAGAUCUCCAGGGCCAUCAUGUGGGUCAACGAGAGAGAGGAGGAGGAGCUGGUGUUCAACUGGGGAGACAAGAACAUCGACGUCUACAUCCCCAAGAAACAGGAAAGCUACUCCAAACUGAUGAGUGCCCUGGAGGUAAAGGAGAAGGAGCUAAACAAACUGAAGCAAAAAGUCGAUGGCCUCCUGAAGAACAAUCACCCAGCCUCAGACAAAAUCGAGGCCUACAUGGACACUCUGCAGACCCAGUGGAGCUGGCUGCUCCAGAUCACCAAGUGUAUUCAUGUCCAUCUGAAGGAGAACGCUGCCUACAGUCAGUUCUUCAAGGAGGCCAAUGAGACCUACAGCAAGCUGCAGAAGGAACAUGAGAACAUCCGUAAGAAGUUCACCUGUGAUAAAGGAACAUCUCUGGAGAACCUCACUGAGCUCCUCAAGAACCUUGAGAGAGAGAAGGAGACGAUCAUGGAGAAUAAGAGGCAGGUCAAAAACCUGGUCAACAAGUCCAAGAGCAUUGUGAGGCUGAGACCACGUAACCCUGAGGAGAAGAGUAGUAGUCCUAGUCCUGUUAUAGUACAGGCCCUGUGUGACUUCAAGCAAGACCAGAAAGGGAUCUUCAAGGGGGACGAGGGCAUCCUGACGGACAACACCCAGCGCAGUAAGUGGCACGUGACGGGUCCUGGAGGUCUGGACAUGCUGAUCCCAUCUGUGUGCCUCCUCAUCCCCCCUCCCAACCCCCUCAGCAUCGGACUGGCCAACAAGAAUGAGCAGUACUACGAGGCCAUCAUGGGCAUCUGGAAUCAGCUCUACAUCAACAUCAAGAGCCUCAUCUCCUGGCAGUACUGUGUUAAAGACAUCAACCACAUUAACUCUCUCAACCUCACCAUGCUGUCCCAGAUGCGUCCUGAGGAGUACCGUAACAUCAUAAAGAGUCUGGAGACUCACUACCAGGAGUUCCUCCGCAGCAGCCAAGGCUCCGAGAUGUUUGGAGAGGAUGAGAAGAAGAAGAUGGAGGGCCAGUAUUCUGGAGCCCAGACCCACUACGACACACUGGUCAUAGGGCUGCCUACAUACAAUCAAUCCAAAGUGGACGUGGUCAAGCAGGAGGUGGUCAAGCUGGUGGUCCAGCAUGAGCCGUCCAUCAAGGCGGAGACGACCAAUACCUUGCAGGGCUCUACCCUCAGCCUGACCCUGCUUAGUGACUUCCACGCCCUCAGACGCAGGCUGGAGCUGGCCGAAUCCGGCCUUAGCCACCACCUCCAUGUGCCCCUGGGGGAGAACAGUGUGCAUGAGUGCUCACAGCGUCUCCUAAAGCUGGAGGGCAUACGCCAUGAUCUGGACGGGGUGCGUGAUGAGUACCUGAGGCUAAGGGAGAGGGUCCUCAGGCAGCUGGAAGGGACAGCAGCAGACUCAGAGCAGGCCAAGUUCCUCAGGAAAGAGCUGGACCUCCUCAACCAGAAACUGGGAGAUCUGCAGGGACUAUCCUCUGCCUACCUCCAGAGACUGUCAUAUCUGCGGAACUUGCUACAGAGCCUCCUCCAGGCUGAGGAUGUCAUCAAGGUCCACGAGGCCCGUCUGACUGAGAAGGAGACCACCUCCCUGGAUCUCAACGAGGUGGAGCACUACAGAUCCUCCCUCAAGCAAAUGAAGUCUGAACUGGAACAUAAGAGAGACUUGCUGAAGGCCAUGGAGAGUGACCUGGUCAAUGCAGUCCACGUGAACAGUCAGAUCUCAGCCUCCUUCCACAAGUGUGAUGUGGACCUGUCCAAGUACGCUGACCUGGUGGGUCAGAUGUCUGACCGCUGGCGACGCAUCCAGACCCAGAUUGACAGCAGAGUGUGGGACCUGGAGAAACAGGAGAAACAGCUAAGACAUUUCCAGCAGAGCAGAGGAGUGGUAGACCAGUGGAUAGACAAUGCUAAGCAGCGCCAGGACACCCUGCAGGCAGCCAAGUUCAGCGACAUCCAGAACCUCAUGGAGCACCUCAACAGACAGAAGGUGCUGCACAGUGAGAUCAAAGGGAAGAAGGAGAAGGUGGAGCUUGUACAGAAGGAUGCGGACACCUGCGCCGCCUCCAUCAAGGACUAUGAGCUGCAGCUGGCCUCCUACAGUGCUGGACUGGAGACCCUGCUGAACAUCCCCAUUAAGAGAACCGUGCUCCAGUCCCCUGCCACUGUGGUCAGAGAAGAGGCAACUGACCUCCAGUCUCGAUACAUUGAGCUCCUGACCCGCUCCAGUGAUUAUUACAAGUUCCUGGGGGAGAUGUUGAAAAACAUGGAGGAACUGAAGAUAAGGAACACCAAGAUCGAGCUUCUGGAGGAGGAGCUGAGGCGUCUGAAGGAUAACAUCCAGGACCGCAGCGAGAAGAACCGUUCCUUAGAGGAUGCCCUGUCCAGCUAUAAGCUAGAGCUCUCACAGUCUAAAGAACAGCUCAUCUCCAUGGAGGAGGUGAAGAGGACCACAGCCAUGCAGGCCAGUGUGGCCAGGGAGAGCCUGGACACCACCAGCAGCCAGCUGACUGAGCUCAGUGACAAGCUGGCCCGCCUCACCUACCAGCUGGAUGAGGAGAAGAGGAAGAGGAGGCUGGCCGAGGAGCGCUAUACGAGCCAGCAGGAAGAGUACGAGGCAGCCGUGCGCCGGCGCCAGAAGGAGCUGGACGAGGUCAACUGGUCCAAGAUUGACCUGGAGAAAGCGGUGAAGGACAAGGAGCGUGAGCUGGAGAGGCUCAGGAUGCAGCUGGAAGAGGAGGCCACAAGGAGGCGCGGGGCGGAGCAGGAUAUUUCUAAGACCUCCAUGAUGGUGCAGCAGUCUCAGAACCACUACACUGAGAUCCUGUCUGAGAGGGACACCCUUCUGAUCAAGUUGAAGCAGCUGGAACAGGACAAGACUCGCCAGGGUCGCUACGAAGAGGAACUGAACCGCGUCAAGGUCUCCCUUGAGACUGAGCUCCGCAACAAACAGCGUCUCCAGGAAGAAAGAGACAAGAUCCACAAGGACUUUACAUACUGGAAGAGCCAGUAUGAACUGAAGGAGGGGCAGAUGAGGCAAUGUGACUCAGACAAGGACAAGAUGGAGAGGGAGAGGCUCUCCCUGAAGAGCGAUUUGGAGCGUAUGAUGGUGGAGCUGAGGACUGUGGAGGAGAGGUAUAAGGGCAGGCUACAAAGCUCACAGGGGGAAGUGUCGGAUCUGGCCCUGAAGAGAGAUUCCCUGGAGAGGGAGCUAAGGAGGCUGCAGCAGAGGCCUGACUCCAUGAGCAUCCAGACCCAGACGGACGAGAAAGUGGUCACUGUGGAUCCGUCCAAGCUCGUGUUCGAUGGGGUUCGCCGAAAGGUCACCGCCCACCAGCUGUGUGAUUGUGGCAUCAUCAGCAAGGCCACACUGGAGCAGUUGCUGAAGGGAAAGAGGACCGUGGAGGAUGUGGCAGUGGACAUCCAGCUCAGCCUCAAGGGAACAGGCGUCAUUGCAGGGAUGGUCAGAGGCCCCAAGGGCAGGAUGUCCAUCACUGAAGCCAAGACCAAGAACCUGCUCAGCCAAGAGAGCGCCAUCAUGCUACUGGAGGCCCAAGCUGCCACCGGCCACAUCAUGGACCCCAAAUUCAACGAGAAGAUGUCAGUUGAUGCUGCCUGCUCCAGAGGGGUGGUGGACACAGACGAUAGAGACACCCUGAUGACAGCUGAAGCCGCCGGCACAGGCUUCAAAGACCCAUACACCGGAAAGCUGCUGUCCAUCGGACAGGCUCUAAAGCAAAACCGUCUGGACAAGAAGACAGCCCUCCGUUUGCUGCAGGCUCAGGAGUCCGUUGGCGGCAUCCUGGACCCCGUUCUGAGCGUGUUCCUGCCUAAAGACCUUGCGCUUGAUCGCAACCUGAUCGACGAAGACCUCUACAGGGCCCUGAACAAGAAACCUGCCUGCUAUCUGGACCCAAUCACUGAGGAGAAGAUCAGCUACAGUGAUCUGAGGCUGAAGUGUAGGAUGGAGCCCGCCUCUGGCCUGCUGCUCCUUCCAGUCCCAGAGAAGCCCAUGACCGUGCAGGGUCUCAGGGGAGAGGUGUCUGUCACAGAGCUGAUCAACUCCAACCUGCUGUCUGAGACCGAUGUGCAGAAGCUGAACCAGGGAAAGCUCAGCAGCAAGGAAAUUGAGGACAAGCUCAAGAACUACCUGCAUGGUUCUACCUGUAUUGCGGGGAUCUAUGAUGAGGCAAACAACAGGAUCAUGACCAUCUACCAGGCCAUGAAGGAAGGUCUGCUCAGACGAGGAACCACCCUGGAACUUCUGGAAGCCCAGGCUGCCUCUGGCUUUGUGAUCGACCCUAUCAACAAUGUCUGCAUGAAUGUGGAGGAGGCCUGGAAGAGAGGCCUUGUGGGCAAAGAGUUCAAAGACAAGCUGAUGUCUGCAGAGAAAGCAGUCACUGGAUACAAAGACCCCCACACUGGCAACACCAUCUCCCUCUUCCAAGCCAUCGAGAAGGAUCUGAUUGAGAAGGGCCAUGGGAUCAGGCUUCUGGAGGCUCAGAUCGCCAGUGGUGGCAUCAUCGACCCCAAGGAGAGCCACCGUAUCGAUGUAGACAUUGCCUACAAGAGGGGCUACUUUGAUGAGGAAAUGAAUGAGAUCCUGACCUACGAAGGAGAUGACACCAAGGGCUUCUUUGACCCCAACACCCAGGAGAACCUGACCUAUCUGCAGCUGAAGGAGAGGUGUAUCACCGACCCCAAGACUGGUCUGGUUCUUCUGCCUUUGAGGGACAAGACCAAUCCUCAGCAGAUGGUUCAGCAGAGCAGCCAGAAGAACAUCCUCCGUAAGAGGAGGGUAGUGAUCGUAGACCCUGACACUGGAAAAGAGAUGACCGUGAGGGAAGCUUACCAUAAGGAGCUCAUCGACUAUGACACCUUUCUGGAUCUCUCAGAGCAGGAGUGUGAGUGGGAGGAGAUCACAAUCAGAGCUUCUGAUGGUUCAGCCCGUAUGGUUGUGGUGGACAGGAAGACAGGCACACAGUAUGACAUCCAGGACUCCCUGGACCGCGGCAUCAUCGACCAGACCUCCCUAGAUCAGUAUCGUUUAGGAACCCUGACUCUGACCAAGUUUGCCGACCUCAUCACCAGCAAGAGCAGCCUGAGCGAGCUGUCAAUCACCGCCAGCAACAUGGAAGAUGUGGCCACCUGCACCAGUCCCACCCAGGCCUGCCCUUCUUCCCCCACCGUACGCAAGCGCUUCAACAGCAUAUCCAUCACCUUCUCCCCAACAGAUGAGUUUGAUGAAGGGAGCCCCAUAGCGGCCAUCUUUGAUAUGGAGACAAUGGAGAAGAUCACCAUCCCAGAGGCUCUACGGAGAGGCAUAGUUGAUGCAAUUACAGCUCAGAAGCUUUUGGAGGCCCAGGCCUGUACUGGAGGCAUCAUCAACCCCACCAAUGGCCAGCGGCUUAACCUGCAGGAUGCCGUCCACCAAGGCCUCAUCGAUGAUGACAUGGCCACCAAGCUGAAGCCAGCCCAGAAAGCCUUCAUGGGCUUCGAAGAUGUGAAGACUAAGAGGAAGAUGUCUGUGGUCGAGGCCAUGAAGGAGAAAUGGCUGCCUUACGAGGCUGGCACAAGGUUCAUGGAGUUCCAGUAUCUGACAGGAGGGCUUUUAGAACCCGGCAAGGGACAGAAGACCAGCAUUGAGACGGCCAUCCGGAGGGGCUGGCUGGAUGGGAAAGGAGCACAGAAGCUUCAGGACACAAGGAGCCAUACCAAGUACCUGACCUGCCCCAAAACCAAGUUGAAGAUCUCCUACAAGGAGGCCAUGGACAGCUGCAUGGUGGAGGAAGGCAAUGGCAUGAAGAUGCUCCAGGCUUCCUCCAUGUCCAGCAAGGGCAUUAGCAGCCCUUACAACGUGUCCAACCCAGGCUCCCGUUCGGGCUCCAGGGCUGGCUCACUGGCUACCUCUCGUACCGGGUCCAGGAGUGGCUCCCGCAGGGGCAGUGUGGACUACUCCUCCAGCUACAGCACCUUCACCACUUCUGCCUCCAACACCUUAAGCGUCAACUCAAAGUUCUAAUAUCAAAACACACAUAUGGGGAAGGAGGGUGUGGAGUAGAGUUGUUUUUGGGUCUGAAAAUUAAAGCCUGGUCUUACCCAAGCCCGAUGAGCUGAAGCCCGAUGAGCUGAAGCCUGAUGAGCUGAAGCCCGAUGAGCUGAAGCCCGAGCUCAGGCCUGGUCCGACAUCAUAGAAAUGUGAUGAACCCAAACCCCCAUAAACAGCUAGAUUUCUAUAAGACAGCAUAUUGAUUUAAACUGAGAACGAUGCGGCGGAAGCGGUAGGCAGCGGAGUGAGGAGACGUGGAAACAGCCCUUGUCUUAGAAAAGCGAGGAGAGAGGAAAACUCACCUUAGGCCUCGUUAUGAUCAACUGAAUUACGAAAAUAUUGGAAUUAAGUAGGCUAUAGGCUAAUGCAAUUGAAGGCAUGUAUCACAUUUUUGCUUAUGGAAACUCCCAAAGUCAUAUCCAACCGUUAGCCUAUAAUACAUUUAAAGCAAUAGCCAUGGGUGGUCAACCUUGAUGAUGUUUUCAGCACCGUGUUGAUUGGGACAGUGCCUUCGUGCUGCUUUUAGACAAGCGUGGGGAUUUGUUUUCACUGAAUCUCCGUUUGGAUAUGUGUUUACAAUUAGGCUGGGAAAAUGUUAGGUAAGUUGAGGUGAGUGCUCAAGAGCCUGUUAUAGAGCUUAACACGUGGAUUUUACUCUUCACUCCCGUAGUAACCUAAACCUUGUGACUUGUCUGAUAAUCAAUCAAUGUUAUUUUGUUUCACUGAGUCUGUAUAAUUGGUUGAUCUCUGGCUGGGCAAAUAAGUGGAGGUGGUAGCUCAUUUAUUAGUUUGCUCAUCUUGUCACCGAUCAGCAACAUUUUGCAUGCAAUAAUGUAGCCUAAAUCAAGUUCAUAUUUUGCACUUGACUCUCUAUAGGCAACUCCAAAAGCCUCACAUGCUUUUGAAAAUAUUGAUUGCUAUUAUUUCCUAUUGGAAUCAUGAUGAAUGAACUAAGUGUUAUUAUUAGUAUUAUUAUCAUCAUCAUUAUCAGGCCUGGUAGGCUGUAGUAAACGUAUAUAUUCUAUUCACCAUUGAGAUGAGAGCACGUCCUGUUUUAGCUGUUUUAGCUCAAUUUACAUCAAUAUUUAAUCUCAGUCAUUCAUUCAUGUCAUUACCCAGCCUACAAGUCAUUCAUGGCCUUAAAUACAAUCAGGCAUUUUAUUUUGAAAAUGAAAUAACAAAGGGAGCCUUGAAUAAUUAAACAAUAAGUCUAGAAAUUAAACCAUUUUUAAUCUAACACCUGUUUGGCACACAAAUACGCACGUAGCGCUCGAACCUACCCUCCCUGUUCUCCUUCAUCAUUAAGCCUAGUAGAUGGAGGGGGAGAGAGAUUUUUAGAGAGAGAGCAGUAGUAGAAGCCAAGGUACCCUAGUAUUCACGAAGACAAUCACGGUCCAAACAUUUAUUUUACACAGUGCGGCAAAUCUGAACCCCGUCCGGCCCGAAUAAAUUCUCAGAACUCCAUGUCCAGCGGUCGGGUUUGGGCUGAAAAUGACAACUCUAGUGUGGAGUAGAUGGGGGUAGAUGUGAUGUAGCACAUUUGCUAUGGUUGAGGAGAGGGAAAGUGGGUUAGAUAGGGUAGAAUUUGUGAUGUGGUAUAUCUUUCAUUGAUUGGGUCGGGUUUGGGCUGAAAAUGGCAACUCUAGUGUGGAGUAGAUGGGGGUAGAUGUGAUGUAGCACAUUUGCUAUGGUUGAGGAGAGGGAAAGUGGGUUAGAUAGGGUAGAAUUUGUGAUGUUGUAUAUCUUUCAUUGAUUGAUUGUGUUUAGUUUGUUUUGUGCUGUUAGAUAAAUCUGGUUUGGGGGUAUAAAGGUUGAACAUAUUCAACCAUUUCAUGAAUAACAGUUUGUUAGAAUUAAAUCCAUGUAGAUGUUUAGAUUUUUUUUAAACUUGAAAAUAAAUGUAGUAUUGAAAUAUAUUAACGUUUUACCAAAUGUUUUGUUGUUAUGUAAAGGGAAUAUCUUACUGCUUCAAUGUCCUAGACUCACAGCAUCUAAUCUACAAUGUCUACAAUAUUAAUUUAUCUGACUUUGAAUUUUGCUUUAAUAUCACUCAAUCACUGGCAAACAUUUGCUGAUCUGAUUUUGGUUUUCAAGCAAUCCUUUGAAGUAACAAUGAAUGUACUUGACAAUGACUAACGCCUCACAACACAAUGUCCCAAUGGUACUGAAUUACAAAACAAGUAAUAAACCAUUAUGAAUUUAACCCGUUGAAUAGAUUUUAUGUAAUGAUAUAUUUUGUAUUCCAAACAAUUGAAAAAUAAAAGUUAAUUUCCCAACACUG